AUGGCCUCCACUUCGCCCAUUGAGACCUUACCGGGCGCUCCCGCUGGCCUCAACAGCGGCAGCGCCUCCCCUCGACAGCCCGUCAACCCCAAACACGUUCAGUUCGAGCUCCUCUUUCCCGAAUCCCCCCAAUACCGCGCACGGCUCCCCUUGCGAGUACAGAUCUACCCUCAUGAUGACACCGAGUCGAUUAUCUCCACUGUCAAAAACUUCUACGGCCUCUACCAUGGUGGGAAGGGCGUCAGUUUUGAGGACGAUCGAGGCAAUACGCUGAUCGCAAGAUAUGAGAACUUUGUCAACAAGAUGGUUGUCUAUGUCAGAGUCAUUGAGGAGUCGCCUCAGCCUGCUGCUCCGUUUGGUCCGAGUCCUUUUCAGGCCGCCCCAAUCGAGUACACAGCCGAGCAAUUGGGGCAACACGUCUCAAGACCAGCCUCGAGAACAUCUCGGAGGCGCAGUCCAUCUCCUGAUGGAAGUCGUGGACGACGUAGCGCGUCUGUCAGCGCGAAUCCGACUGGGAAGAAGGGCCGCUCCCGUUCCUCCAAGACUCGCGGACCGAACUACGAGAACCGUAGCGAUAGCUUCAACGGCUAUAGCAGUGGAGAUGGUGCCGCCGGAUCCGUCUCUAGCAAGGCCAAGGAACAGCUCGGCAACACUGACAUCAGUGUGGAAAACAUCGUUGAAGGUGGCCGUCGCAAGCGCGCCAAGUUUGAGAGCUCUGAACUACCUCUCUUCGCGCCCCCUCAAAUGCCAGCGGCUAUGUCAAAUCCGUCGGUGUCACCUGCUCGUCGAAUUGAGCACCAGCGACCUGCCCUGCCUUUCGCGCACCCCGGCCAGAACCCCUUUACCAACCCCCGACCUCUACAGUCCCCGCAGAGCUACAGCAAUGGGUACAGCCACCCAGGCAUGUUCGCGACGCCGAUGACCGACUCGCGCCGCCACCGGGGCAGCAUAGGCUAUCCCAACAGUGGCCCGGGUAUUCUCCCUACACCAGACCCUACUAUUGGCAGCUGUGUCUCCGAGGAGGAUAAAGAUGUGGCACUCCAGCUUAUGAGACUGGGUGACAUGUCGAACAUCUCCCACGGCAGGACGUCCGCCUCUACAUUGGAUGACACCUUCAGCGGCAAAGCUGAUGCCGCUUCCUCGACUGGUGCCACCAGCGAUGCCGACAGCGACUGUGAGGUGGAACUCCCACCGGCCCGGCGCCAAAAGCUCGACCUGGCCGGGGCGAGUCGCAAGAUCCAGCCGACCAUGGAUAGUCACUUGAUGCCAUCGCGCGAAAACGCUGAAGCCAGCGGAGAUGAUGCUGAUUACGAGGACGGAGCCGACGAAGGCCCUCUCAGAGCCUCACAAUCGAACGACACUAAGGUCAAGGUCGAGAUGCCCGGAAAGCCAAGAGCACCCCCAGCCAUGAAACCGAGCAAGCCCAAGGUUGCGAAGGCGCCCAAAGCUGCAGGUGCCGCCAAGACGAAAAAGGCGAGCGUUGCGACUACUGGUCCGAUGUCGCCUGCGUCUUUGCCCAACCAGUCACGCAAGCAAUCCGUUGCCUCGGCAUUUUCAGGUCAGGCCGGUGAUGAUGACCACCCAGAUCUGUCAACCCAGCCACGUUGCCAGCGAUGCCGCAAGAGCAAGAAGGGCUGCGAUCGCCAGAGACCCUGCGGUCGAUGCCGCGAUGCUGGCCUGAGUGCUGACCAAUGCAUCAGCGAGGACGAGGGCAACGGGCGCAAGGGCCGAUAUGGACGUCACAUGGGUGUUCCAAUCAAAGCUGGUGCAGAGGCACCUGCGCCUCCUACUCUUCUGCCUGCCGCUCCCGUUGCAAUUCCCAUGGUCGCGACCGCGACCGACAAGAACAAGAAGCGGAAGCGGUAG